CAAGUGUUACUGUUUGGUAUUUUAUUCUGUCUCGAGCGGAAGUGACGUCGUUACUUUCAGUUUCCUCAAGACUGCAGUAAAAUUCAGCCAAGAAGUGAACAAGCGAUCAAAUAAAAUGGAUUUCCUUGUGUCGGCCACGGUGGAUCUGACUGUUUACCACGAUGAGGCCAAAGUGCGAGAACUCUUCAGGUCACAUGACUUUGUGACGACAGAUGUGAGCAGAGGUCAGUUGUCUGUCGAGGGAUCAUUUUUGAAGCUCAAAGCUGUGAAGGCCCAUUUGGAGCAGCUUGAUUCUCAAAUCCAGACCGAGAUGCCUCCUCUGGGCUCAUCUUCUCGAGUCCAGUCGGUUUCCUCUGGAGCGAUUUCCAAAUCCUACACCAACAAGAGCAGUCCAGGCUCAGGUGAUAACACAGGCAGGUUUUGGUCUGGAGACGACCCUCUGCACGUUUCUCCACCGUCGUCAAACACUCGCAGUGAUUCAACCUCUUCAGAGCAGAGAAAUUCCUUUUCUCCUGGAGCAGUUCAACAUACUUCAGUCAGACGUGGAAGUCAUGAGUCGUUUGUAGUUGAUGUAGACGUGUACCAUUACGCAGCGCAGAUCAAGAGGAAAGACUUUGACUCUAUUGUAGAGAACCACAAAGUUCAGAUCAUAGUGCGUCAAUUUGCCGAUAACGCAAACAUCACUCUACAGGGGAGGAACGCAAAGAUGGCCGCCAAUGAACUCCAGAGGCUCCUGAAGGGUCUGAACAGUUCACUCCGCACACAGGAAGUUCUCCUGAAGGACAUGAAUCAUGAAGGCAAAGUGCUUCUGCAGAGGAUUCAGAAAAACAACAACAUUCAGGACACGGUGCUCGUGUGUGAGAUGAGCGACAGACUUCGCCUCAUCGGGCCGUCGAGCGAGAGUUACGAGGUGAAGCAGGAGCUGCUGGGGAGACCGGUCCAGCAGUCGCAGCGUGCGGGGAGAACGCUCGAGAAGAAAUCCAGGUGGAGGAGCCGCUCUCUGCCACCAAUCAACCGACAGAACAAUGAAAGAGAAGGCGGGGCCUUUGCUCAGCCAUCACCUGUAGGUGCUGUAGGAUACUCGCCGUCACAGGAAGUUGUCAAAGUCAGGCAGGAAACAGGAGCUCGUCCUGGUCAAAGUGUAGCUUUGAGGAGAGUCCACUCUGAGACGCGUGGAAGGAAAACAGAAGAAAAGACCAACGUUCCUGUUCAAGCGAAGGAAAACAAACUUAAAAUUCCAAAUUACAAGCAGUUACUAGUUUUAAAGAACAAUGUAAAACAAAAGUUUAAAAGUUUGAGGAAAUGAAAAGGUUCAGGAAUUCUUUUGCUCCGCUAUUUCUCACCAACAUUUGGAGCAUGUCGUAGGAGAUGUCUCGGAGCGUCCCAGACACCAAAUCUCUGUUCUUCAGUUAAACCACACGUCUGUUCAUAGUUCCCGACGUCCAUAAAUUGCUUUAAAAUUGUGAAUUAGUGUUGUCUGAUCCCAGCAUCACACGUCAUUUGCAAAAUUCUGUUAUCCACCAAGUGUUUCUCAAACUUUUCAUACAAGGACCCACUUUUUAAAGAUCACAAAAUUGCAUAUUAAAUAUUAUUGCAUAUUUUUCUCAACUUAUAUCAUUUUGAACAUCCAAGACUUAAAAAAUAUAUCACUUCAUUUUAUGCAUGAUAUUUAAUAAAUCUUAAGUAAAAGGCUUGAAAAACAAAUAAGAUGGUGACUCAAAAUAAAUCUCCUAUGACCCACCUGUGUGUCCCGACCCAGAUUUUGGGAACCACUGCUGUCAUCACUGUAAAUUUUGUCGUGGUAUAAUAACACUGAAAGAGUCCAUUUAGGACCAAAUGUACUUGGAAAUAUUGUUGAAUUUGAUUAUUUUAAUGUUACUUUAAAAAAAAAAAAGAGUUGAGAGAAUCUUAAAUUGAGAUUUUUUGUGUAACUUUGACACUAAAGGUUAAAUUGACUCUUUUAGUGCAAAAAAAGUUCUUUGUACUUCUUUAUAAGAAUCUUAACUUUAUUUGUAAGAAUCUUAACUUUAACUGAUUGUAUUUGAUGAAUCUCUGUAUCGACAAUUUCUGAUGAUUCUGUCUUGUUAUGUUUAAAAAGUACUUCCCCACACUUAAAUUCAGAUACGGCACAGUUGUUGAGUUAAAUAAUAUUUGUAAUAUUUUGUGAUCUAAUUAAUGUUUUGUUCAUGUGAUUUAUUUGUGAUUUUCUGUCCUAAUUUCAUCAGUUCAAUGCAGAUUCUGUAACAAAGAAAUCAUUAAAACAGAAUCAUUUUUCAA